AUGCGGCCACGACCUCCCGCAUCACUCUCCCGCGCCGCUGCCCUCAAAUUCGCAUCGAUUCCUCUCGCAGCGCUGCUUGCUUCGCCGGCUGCGCCCGCGCGUGCUGUCAUCGGCGAAUCCAUCCUCCCGGGCUACCUGCAGGCUGAUGACAAGUCGUGGGAUGUGACGCUGCCGGCCGCGUGGAAGGCGUCGACCGCAGACAUGCGUGCAGAGCCAGAGCACCGCUUUCACUUGCGUGCGGAGAGGAGCAGCGGCGCUGCCGCGAGCCUCGACGUCUUUGUGGACGUGGCAAAGGGCAAGCAGUUCCUCAGCGAUCUCGGCAAGGUUGACGAGGUCGGGCGGCGGUACGCGGAGCGGUUUGGCACGGUGCAGCGCGCCGCCGCCGUGCCGGGCCCGGUUCGCGGGAGCACCUACUACGAGUACGAGUUUGCCGGGAGCACCACGACCACCCGCGCCAAGCUCACCGUGUACCAGAGCCGGCUCUACAUGCUGCUUCUCACGCUCCCGUCCAGCGCGCCGGCAGAGGUGCUUGCGGAGGCGGACGCCAUAUCCUCCUCCUUCAAGGCCUUCCCGGUCAACAUGUUUUGCCUCGCGGCCUCCAACGGCGGCACGGCGCCCACGCCCGGCACCUGCUACUGA